GACACCUACGCAGCAAGCGGAAGGGGCUUGCGUCGACCUUUCUCCACUGUGUCGACGAUAACAUCGCACCUCGACGAUUCUUCACUUCUCGCCAGUCGCUCGUUCUUCACACCUUUCCACUCCCGUUGCACCCUUCUUCGAGGGGGCUGCGAUCUCGCCGCAGCAUCAGACCACCUCCUCCGCAUCACCCGGCAUCAUGGCCGUCAACACCAAUGCCUCUUCGACGGGUGUCGACACCCAGGCGGAGCUGCGGAAGCGCAAUGUCGCCGCGCCGUCGAAUGGCGGCUACCUGCCUAAAGAGCUCGAGGACAAGCUGGAUAAGAAGACCAAGCAGCAGACGAACUCAAUCCUCAAGACGAUUGACGACUACGAAUUCCUUAUCGCACCAAUCCUCUUCACAGCACUGGCCUUCUUCACGCGCAUGUGGAAGAUUGGCCUCUCGAACAUCGUGACAUGGGACGAAGCACAUUUCGGCAAGUUUGGUUCGCACUACCUGAAGCGCGAGUUCUACUUCGAUGUGCACCCUCCCCUUGGAAAGAUGCUGGUCGGACUGUCCGGCUACCUGGCAGGCUACAAUGGAUCUUUCGAAUUUAAGAGCGGCGAAAAGUACCCAGAGGAGCUCGACUACACUUUCAUGCGCGUCUUCAAUGCGGCAUUCGGCGCGCUGUGCAUCCCAUUGGCAUACUUCACGGCAAAAGAGUUGCAUUUCAAGAAGCCUACCGUUUGGCUCGUGACGAUGAUGGUUCUCUUCGAGAACAGCUACACGACCAUCAGCAGAUUCAUCUUGCUGGACAGCAUGCUUCUGUUCUUCACCUUCACCACGAUCUUCACAUGGGCGAAAUUCCACAACCAGCGUCACGAUCCCUUCUCUGUUGGAUGGGCUUUCUGGCUGGCCAUGUCUGGUCUGUCCAUCGGUUGCGUGUGCAGUGUCAAGUGGGUCGGCAUGUUCGGUACCGCUCUCGUCGGACUCUACACCAUCGAGGAUCUGUGGAACAAAUUCGGAGACCUGAAAAUGCCCAAGGUUGAGCUCGCAGCUCACGUGGGUUUCAGAGUUAUUGGGCUGAUCGUCAUCCCAAUGAUCGUCUACAUGUUCUCUUUCUACUUGCACUUCCUCAUCCUGGAAAACAGCGGACCUGGCGACGCGCAAAUGUCCUCCUUGUUCCAAGCGAAUCUCAAGGGCACUGAGGUCGGAAAAGACAGCCCUCUGGAGGUUGCGCUGGGAUCCCGUGUCACGUUGAAGAACAUGGGCUAUGGUGGUGGUCUGCUCCACUCUCACGUCCAAACCUACCCAGAAGGCUCGACGCAACAGCAAAUUACCUGCUACCAUCACAAGGAUGCCAACAACGACUGGUUCUUCUACCCGAACCGUAACCAGCCUGCCUACGAUCCAGAGGGUGCCAUUCAAUAUGUCGGAGAUAAGGCUGAGAUUCGUUUGAUUCACGCGCAGACAGGCCGCAAUCUUCACUCGCAUCAGGUCGCCGCACCAGUCACAAAGGCUGAUUACGAGGUUUCUUGCUACGGUAACUUGACAGUUGGUGACACCAAGGAUCAUUGGAUUGUCGAGGUCGUCAACGAUGCUGCUUCUUACGACUACUCGAAGCUGCGCACUUUGACCACUGCUUUCCGCCUCAAGCACCGAGAUCUCGGCUGUUAUCUUCGCGCUGGCAACGUCAACCUGCCACAGUGGGGCUUUAAGCAGAUUGAGACGACUUGUGUGAAGGAGAACAAGCCGCGAGACCCAUACACGCAUUGGAACGUGGAAUCGCACGUCAACGAGAGGCUUCCUCCGGGCGAUCCAGGAUCAUACAAAUCUCCUUUCUUCCGUGACUUCGUCCAUCUCAACGUUGCCAUGAUGACAUCCAACAAUGCACUGGUUCCAGAUCCAGACAAGCAGGAUGACCUGGCUUCGAAGCCUUGGCAGUGGCCUCUUCUUAACGUCGGUCUCCGCAUGUGCGGCUGGGACGACAGCAUCGUCAAGUACUAUCUGCUCGGAAACCCCUUCGUCUACUGGGGGUCCACCGCCGCACUCCCAUUCUUUGUUGCACUGUUCGCUUGGUACGCUAUCCGCUGGCAGCGUGGCUACGAUGAGCUCACCUGGGCAGACCUGGACCAUUUUCAGUAUGCGGGCAUCUAUCCCGCCAUUGGCUGGUUCCUGCACUAUUUGCCCUUCAUCGCCAUGGCGCGUGUGACUUACGUGCAUCACUACUACCCGGCUCUGUACUUUGCCAUCCUCACAUUCGGAUUCUGCAUAGACUGGACGACGCGAAGUCUGCACAAGGGCCUUCAGCUGGGCAUCUUCGCUGUGCUCUACGUGGUUGUCAUCGGUCUUUUCUGGCUUUUCAGAGCCAUCUGCUUCGGCAUGGAGGGCUCAAACCAGCAAUGGAAGCAUCUCAAGUGGCUACCUGGCUGGAAAAUGGCAGACUAGAGUAACACGAGACGAAGAGAUUGUGGUACGAUAUACAUGCUGGGCAGCGAAGGGGUACGGGGCAUUAGGCAUGGUAUUUCGCUGGCGAGAAUCAGGCAUUGCGUUGGCGUUUUGGGAGCGACGACAAAACCAGAGCAGAUGGAGCAGACGGAUUUUGUACCUCAUACAGAAAGCGAUAUUUCCUUGACUUACAGCUUCUUGGGCAAUAACAGCACUUUGUCCUGUUCAGGGUCU